AUGAGCUCUAACUGUGAUUCAAAUGCUAACCACAAGGAAAGUGGUUUAUCAGACAAUAAUUGGUAUGAUUUCGCGGUCAUUACCGCAAGAAAGUUAAAAUUAUUUCAAUUGAAUGCAUCCAACAAUGGGUUCAAAAGUCACGAAUCAGAUGGAAAUAGUUGUGUUUCAAGUGAUGGCAAAACGAGUGAUAAUUCAAAAAUCAUUUCAGACAACGAAAGUGUGGCCAAAAGGAUAGGAAAACACGUUUGCAAUUACAACGACUGCACCAAACGAUUCACCACUCGAUACCGACUUAAUAAACACCAUAAGGCUGUCCACUUGAGUGGCAUCGAUAUGACUGCAAACAUGUGUUACAUCGACGACUGCUACAAGACUUGCAAAAGCAUUGAACAACUGAAUCGACACAUAAGAGACAAACACGAAUUGAGGUAUAGGUGCGAUCGGAAGGGCUGUCCAUUCAGGACGGGUUUGAAGGCAUCGCUAACUCAACACCAAUUGAUCACUUAUUCAAAGCAAAAGCAAUUCAAAUGCAAACUAAAUGAUUGCAAUAAAAGUUUCAAAACUAUACACCGAUUGAGAGCUCAUGAGCUGGGAGUACAUCCCGACGCCUUACCAGACAUACCGUGGACUCAGUGCUCGCACACUGGCUGUCACUUUAAGACCAAAUCCCGAGCUCUGGCUAUUAAUCACAGGAAUGGACACAAGAAUCCGAGUAAUAGGAGAAGACAUACUCAACAAAAGCCCUAUUCAUGUGGUAUUUGUGGCCAAAAGUUUGCGUUAAUGUCUGAAUACAAAUCGCAUUCAAAGACACACCACUCAAGACAUACGGCGGUCAACACCCGGUCCACGAAGAUGUGCGAUAACCAGGAAGCGUUUGAAUCAGAUAAUAGUGAUAAUAACAAUAAUUUAGUUAUUAUAGAGGAACCAAUGGUACAGUCUGACCCCGAGAUAAGUGAUAAAUCGGGUGAAAAUGGACUCAAAAUUGAAGCUCAAAGACUGAUAAAUCGGGUGAAAAUGGACUCAAAAUUGAAGCUCAAAGACGUGUAUUCAAUGCUAUUGGAAGUGAAACGAGAAAACAGUCGCUUGAAAGCAGAGAUCAAUGCAGUGAAAGGUCUCAAUUCCAGUGAUGGCAACGGAUCCAGAGCUCAAGAAGUGGAUGAAUCGCACGAGUCGUCCGACAUUAAGAGUGUGAUUAACAGCGAGUCCAGUGGUGAUGAUAAUGAUGGCAGUAGUGGUGGUGAGAAAGAAGAGGCGGAUAAUAGCGGUGAAAGUGGUAGCCAUACAGAGAUAAUGACAGAUAAUAGUCGAUACGACUUGCGAUACAUCACUCAACGAAAGUUGGAUUCAAUGAAAGCCGAGCCCACAGACCGCGGAUCCGGUGAUUCAGAUAACGGUUCUCGUAAUGGCAUUAAACGCGACUCCAAUGGCCUACCAGUUCGUGUCAAACAGGAGUUUGACGCUCCGGUGGACUACCGGUGCGAUUGGAAACGCUGCGACUAUAAGACCGGACGAGAACCGGAUCUCAGGCGCCACCGACUGGAACAUGGAUUCCGGUGUUCACUCAAUGGCUGCGAUAAAUGGUUCAAAACAGAGACCUCUCAACGCCAACAUCAGCUAAGAAUACAUCCCAAGAAGUUCCCAUACAUACCAUGGAUUAGGUGUGAUGUGUUUGACUGUCAGUUUAAGACCAAAGACAAGACAUCGGCCAACAGUCACAUCAAGAGACACAACGAUAAUGUGAGCCACGGAAAAAGGCACCGGUGUUUCGCAUACCAGUGCGACGACUGUGGCAAACGGUUUCAGUUGUUGUCUAUACUGAAGAUUCAUUUGCAGGAAAUUCAUGGCAAGAGUUUCACGGAAUCCAAGGAACAGAUUCACAACGAAAGUGCGGCCAAAAGGAUAGGAAAACACGUUUGCAAUUACAACGACUGCACCAAACGAUUCACCACUCGAUACCGACUUAAUAAACACCAUAAGGCUGUCCACUUGAGUGGCAUCGAUAUGACUGCAAACAUGUGCGAUCAGAAGGGCUGUCCAUUCAGGACGGGUGUGAAGGCAUCGCUAACUCAACACCAAUUGAUCACUCAUUCAAAGCAAAAGCAAUUCAAAUGCAAACUCAAUGAUUGCAAUAAAAGUUUCAAAACUAUACACCGAUUGAGAGCUCAUGAGCUGGGAGUACAUCCCGACGCCUUACCAGACAUACCGUGGACUCAGUGCUCGUACACUGGCUGUCACUUUAAGACCAAAUCCAGAGCUCUGGCUAUUAAUCACAGGAAUGGACACAAGAAUCCGAGUAAUAGGAGAAGACAUACUCAACAAAAGCCCUAUUCGUGUGGUAUUUGUGGCCAAAAGUUUGCGUUAAUGUCUGAAUACAAAUCGCAUUCAAAGACACACCACUCAAGACAUACGGCGCUCAACACCCGGCCCACGAAGAUGUGCGAUAACCAGGAAGCAGCAACCAAUGUGAUAAAUCGGGUGAAAAUGGACUCAAAAUUGAAGCUCAAAGACGUGUAUUCAAUGCUAUUGGAAGUGAAACGAGAAAACAGUCGCUUGAAAGCAGAGAUCAAUGCAUUGAAAGGUCUCAAUUCCAGUGGUGGCAACGGAUCCAGAGCUCAAGAAGUGGAUGAAUCGCACGAGUCGUCGGACAUUAAGAGUGAGAUGAACAGCGAGUCCAGUGGUGAUGACAAUGAUGGCAGUAGUGGUGGUGAGAAAGAAGAGGCGGAUAAUAGCGGUGAAAGUGGUAGCGAUACAGAGAUAAUGACAGAUAAUAGUCGAUACGACUUCCGACGCAUCACUCAACGAAAGUUGGAUUCAAUGAAAGCCGAGCCCACAGACAGCGGAUCCAGAAAUUCAGAUAACGGUUCUCGUAAUGGCAUUAAACGCGACUCCAAUGGCCUACCAGUUCGUGUCAAACAGGAGUUUGACGCUCCGGUGGACUACCGGUGCGAUUGGAAGCGCUGCGACUAUAAGACCGGACGGGAACCGGAUCUCAGGCGCCACCGACUGGAGCAUGGAUUCCGGUGUUCAGUCAAUGACUGCGAUAAGUGGUUCAAAACGGAGACCACUCUAAGGCAACACCAUUUAAGACUACAUCCCUCGCAUUUCCCGUACAUACCAUGGAUUCACUGCGAUGUGAUUGGCUGUCACUUCAAGACCAAAGACAAGACAUCGGCCAACAGUCACAUCAAGAGACACAACGAUAAUGUGAACCACGGAAGAAGGCACCGGUGUUUCGCAUACCAGUGCGACGAUUGCGGUAAACGGUUUCAGUUGUUGUCUAUACUGAAGAUUCAUUUGCAGGCAAUUCAUGGCAAGAGUUUCACGGAAUCCAAGGAACAGAUUCAACACCCGGGUAGUUGGAACAGCUUAAUGGCACAAAGGGAAUGUUUGGAAGGGACUUGGAGGCUAGAGAAAUAA